CUCUCUGCCUAGCCCUGGCCUAGGCAAGGUGACCAGUGCAGUGACUCGUGGCUGACGAAAUUUAACCUUGCUUGUGUAUCUACGGCCGUUUCUUUACAAGAUCAGAUCUAGAUAAAUCUUUGACUUGGCUCUACUUGUACUUACUUAUUCAUUCGUUUGAUUUACCUCCGUCCGAGUCCGUAUACACUGACUAACGUAACUAACGAUUUGUUGAAAGAAAUUCCUGUCGCGAUUGGUGUUUGUUUAUAGACAGCAACGGUUGCACAACGCAUGCGCAAUGACCUUCGGGACCUUAUGGGGGAAAUCCCUGUUCUCAUCUCUGAAUCAGGAAUGGAGGGUAUUUCCAGCCAGGGAUAGGCUGCUAGGCAGGAAGACUUACCAGACCCAAGCCAAGCCCAAGGCGAGCUGUGCUGUCGUAUUGUUUGUGAUAUCACGUCUUUCACGAUCCAUGGUUUUUAAUGACGUUCCUGCAUAGAUCUAGACAUAUUAUUGGCAGCCAGACUGAAUUCUGUUUUUUUUUCUUCAAAAUUCAACUUUCAAGUAGGCCUACCGGCGGUAUGGACAUUUAUUUUUAUGAUGGCGUCAUGACCCUUUUAGAACGCUGAGAGGACACAAAAAAGACAUUUAUUUGAAAAUUUCAUCUAGUGACUGAAUUCCAGAUCCAGCCAUGGCCUUUCAAACCAGUUACAGUGACAGUGCACUUAGUUCUGAUGUUGAAAAGGAUGCAAACCCUGGUGCAAACUCUAUUAAAUACCGGACUCUACUGAAGGAAAUUGACAAUGGAUUAGGAGCAAGAGAUAUGGAGAAGCUGAAGUACUUAUGCCAAGACUUGGGUGUUGCCCCACGGAAAUUUGAGAAUAUGAAUAGGGGUAUCUACUUGUUUACAGAAUUGGAAAAACUUGCAUUGGUCACAGCAGAUGACAUUUCAUUGCUGGUACUCCUGAUGCAAGCAAUCAGUCGCUAUGACCUGGUGAAAAAACUGAAGUCAUGGAGCAGCAAGGAAGGAAAGUUGGCCCACAUGUUAAGUUCUUACAGGAGAUUGAUGCUAAGGAUAUCUGACAGUCUGAGUCGAGACGAGAGAGACCAAUUUAAAUUUUAUCUCAGUGGAGGUGAAAUUCCAAUUCCUGUAGCAGCCAUUGAGGAAUGCACGACACUCUUACAGCUCUUUGUACUAAUGGAGAAAUACACAUUAAUUGGCCCGAGAGAUCUUGAAUACUUCACAUCAAUCAUGCAGUCUAUUGGAAACAUAGCCAUUGUUAAAGAAAUUGAACAGUAUUUUGCUAAUGAAAGAUCAUCAGCAAUUAAUGUAGAAUCGUCUUCCAGUCAAAGUUUCCAAUCCCACCAAGGUAGUGGAGCAACAUACGACCCUGCCAAUAUGAGAAGCAAAUCUGAACCAACGUUUGGGGUGCACACGCAAAUCCCACCACCGGAUGGACACGUCUACCAAGGGAUUCCACAGCAACAUCAACAACCUUACUACAAGAAUCCACCACAGCAAUAUCACAAUCCACACCAACAGGCAACACCAUCUUUCAGCCAGCAGUACCCACCACAACAGUUAGUAGAUGAACAACAAAUGGCUAUAAAGAGAGAGCCUGAGGAUAGGACAGGUAGUGAAAUGUCUGGUUUGACAUUUGGCCCUGAGAGACCGAGGUGGUACUAUGAAGCUGUGGAAAAAAAUGGUCCUGCCUAUGCCGAUGAAUUGUGGGAAAAGGUUUUACAGAAGAUGAGAGAAGGUGAGGUCCGGAAGAAAAUGCAGGAGAUGAAGAUUUCUGAACAGAGGAGAGUUGAGGAGAGGGCGCCUUCUGACAAGACGCAACCAGGUGAUGAUGAAAGGGAAGCAUCCGUCACAAGGAACCUUGCCUUAGGACCAAUAAAGGAUACCAAAUUAACAGAAUCGCUGCAAACCCAAACACCUAGUGAAGGGGGACAUAGGAUUGUACCUGCCCAAACUGCUACUAUUUUGCAGCAACAAAAUCCAGGUCCCUUUCCACAAUUGCCAAAGUACAAAAUGGACAGGCUCCCUAGAGGAUUGUGUAUCAUUUUCAAUGCAGAAAAUUUCACAGGAUCCAAACUUGACAAACGAGUUGGUACAGAAAAGGAUGUUGAGGCAUUGCGGAACACUUUUCAAAAUAAUCUGAGAUUAAAAACCCUUGUGAAGAAUGACCCGACUCGGCAAACAUACGUUGAUUGCCUGCAAGAGAUUGCAAGAAUGGAUCAUUCUGAGUAUGAUUGUUUUGUCUGCGUCAUCUUAUCUCAUGGAUCUAAAGGCUGUGUGUAUGGUACUGAUGGAAGACAGAUCCAGAUUGAUGCAUUGACAGGACUAUUUAGAGGUGAGUACGUACCAUCUCUUUUGGACAAACCCAAACUGUUCUUCAUCCAGGCUUGCCAGGGAACAGAUGCCCAAGCUGCUAUCGACAUCAGGCAGGAUGCUGUUACUUCACUUCCUAAUGAAUCCGACACCCUCGUUAGUCUGUCCACAGUUCCAGGAUAUUCCUCUAACAGGAGUGUCUCUAAAGGCACAUGGUUUAUCUCUACGCUGUGUUCUGUUAUCAAUUCCCACUACAAGAAGCAUGUAGAUCUUCUUUCAAUGCUGACCAUGGUUAAUUACUUGCUCAGCACUGCAGCAGAUAAAGAAAAAAAGAAGCAAAUUGGAAACCCCUCUCACACGCUACGCAAACAAAUCUAUUUCAAUCAAGGACUUGGUGAAUAGAUAUCUGCUAUGGAUGCAUCAUUGACCAACUAAAUCAUUUCUGACUAUGUCGUAUUAUGAGAGGAAAUAUCCACUAUGUAUCACAAAACAUACACACUUGAGUUUUGUGAUUGAUUGCAGGUAUAAUUUUACCUCUCAAAUUUAGGCUGUUCGGGAAUUAUCUUUUAAAACGUUGUGAAGUCUUUUCAAUACCCGCAACGCAAAGCAAAAGACAUUUGGAAUUAAAAUGCAUUGCUCGUGUUUGUUCAACGAUCAAUCAUUAGGCUUUAAGGUAGUAGAUACUGAUGUUAAGGCACCUUUUAAAAUGUCAAAGUCAUGUCUUUCCCACUGGAAACAGCUUUCAAAUUACAAAUUCUUACAUUUCAUCAUAAAAAAAAAAUGCUAUGAAAAGAUGUGGCACAGACUUUUAACAAGUUGCCUUUUAGAUGUUAAAGGGAUGGUCUGGGAUGAAAAUAUUUAUAUCUAAAUAAAUAGACCAAAAUUCACAGAGCAAAAUGCUUCAAAUUUCAACAAAAUCGGAUAACUAAUAACACAGUUAUGGAUUUUAAAGUUUAUCAAUAUUUUGUGAAAACAGAUAUAUGCAUAUCGUCAUGAAUAUUCAUUAGGUGGGCUGAUGAUGUCACAUCCCCACUUUCCUUUUUCUUAUGUUAUUACGUGAAAUCAUAAUGUUUCAUUUUUUCAUACAUGUGUAAAUGAUGUGUCUCCAUUAUGAUGAAAUGAGUUGCGGCAAUAAAUAACUAAUGCACUUA